CAUACACACACACAGUCCAAACCCCCAGAAAAGCCCUGCUGAAUCCUCACACCGUCUGUCAGCAUGGGGAGCGCUUGUUUUUCCCGGGACGUUUGUUUGUUUAUCCUCCUCAUAAAUACUUGCAGGGUGAUGGGGAAUGUCGGACUGGCAGAUGCAGACGAGUGCGCGGAGGGUUCAGACGACUGCCACAUCGACGCCCUCUGCCAGAACACGCCCAAGUCCUACAACUGCAUCUGCAAGCCGGGCUACAAAGGAGAUGGCAAGCAGUGCGAGGACAUGGACGAGUGUGAGAACGACUACAACGGGGGCUGCGUCCAUGAAUGCAUCAACAUACCUGGAAACUACAGGUGCACCUGCUACGAUGGAUUCAUGCUGGCCCACGACGGACACAACUGUCUGGAUGUGGACGAGUGUCUGGACAACAACGGUGGAUGCCAGCAAGUGUGUGUCAACACCAUGGGGAGCUACGAGUGUCAGUGCACGGAGGGAUUCUUCCUCAGUGACAACCAGCAUACCUGCAUCCACCGCUCUGAUGACGGGAUGAACUGCAUGAACAAGGACCACGGCUGCGCCCACAUCUGCAGAGAGGCUCCAGGCAAAGGCGGGGUAUCGUGCGAGUGCCGUCCUGGCUUUGAGCUGGCCAAAAACCAGAAAGACUGUACAUAGACCUGCGCCGUGAACAAUGGCGGCUGCGACAGGACAUGCAAAGACACGGCCACUGGGGUGCGCUGCAGCUGCCCCGUGGGAUUCACCCUGCAGCCAGACGGCAAAACCUGCAAAGACAUUGACGAAUGCCAGGAGAACAACGGAGGCUGCGAUCACUUCUGCCGGAACACGGUGGGCUCAUUCGAAUGCAGCUGCCAGAAGGGCCACAAACUGCUCACUGAUGAACGGACAUGCCAAGACAUUGACGAGUGCUCCUUUGAGAGAACCUGCGACCACACCUGCAUCAACUACCCAGGCAGCUUUGAGUGCUUGUGCAACAAGGGAUACAUCCUGUACGGCCUCACUCACUGCGGAGACAUCGAUGAGUGCAGCAUCAGCAACGGGAGCUGUGAGUACGGCUGCAUAAACACCCAGGGCAGCUACGAGUGUGUGUGUCCACCUGGACAGAAACUCCACUGGAACAAGAAAGAUUGCAUCGAGGCGGUGAAGUGUCUGCCCAAUGGGAAGCCAGCGCCCCGAGCCCAGCUGACCUGCACCAAGAGCGGAGGGGCGGAGGUCUGCUCGCUCUCCUGCCCCUCCAACGCCCUCUUCCUCGCAGACUCGGAGAACAGCUACACACUGAGCUGUGGAGUGCCCGUCCAGCCUGGUAAAGCUCCUCAGAAGAGGAAUGCCACCGCUGCCUUACCCACCUGUGCCGACACUCUGGCCCCGCCCAUCAAACAGAAGGCCAGGUUUAAGAUCAAAGACGCCAAGUGUCACCUGAGGCCCCGCAACAAGGAGAAACACAGAGAUUCAUCCAAGCAGAACCUGCAAGGAGGCCAGUUCCCCUGCACCGACAACUGCCAGGUCACUUUUGUCAACCUGAAGUGCGACUCGUCUAAGAAGCGCCGGCGGGGACGCAAAUCUCCUUCAAAAGAGGUUUCCCACAUCACAGCUGAGUUUGAGAUGGAGAUGAAGGAGGAAGAAGCCUCAGACUCGUGUAACGUGGACUGUGUGCGGGAGCGGAUGAAGCAGAAGCUGCAGAAUGCCAUGCGGACGCUCAGGAAGUCCAUCAACAAACAGCAGUUCUACAUCCAGUUCUCCGGGACAGAGUACGAGGUGGCCCAAAAACCGUCCAGGGUACCCGAGGGCGCGGAGGCCUGCAGCACCGGACAAGUCCUCCGAGACGGAAAGUGUGUGAGCUGUGCCAUGGGGACGUUCUACAGCGGCGAGCAGGAGCAAUGUGUCCAGUGUCCUUCCGGUACAUACCAGGACACGGUGGGUCAGCUGUCUUGUGAACCAUGUCCCAGCACUGAAGGACAGGGCAUCGCUGGUGCCAAGAACGUGUCUCAGUGUGGAGGUCAGUGUCCAGCAGGUCAUUCCUCUGCUGACGGCUUCCGUCCGUGCCAGCCCUGUUCGCUGGGCUCCUACCAGCCAGAACCCGGCCGAGUCCUCUGCUUCCCCUGCGGAGGAGGUCUCAUGACUAAGUAUGAAGGAGCUGUCUCCUUCAGGGACUGUGAGGCCAAAGUGCACUGUGCUCCAGGACAUUACUACAACUCCAGUACCCACCGCUGUAUCCGCUGCCCAGCAGGAACCUACCAGUCUGAGUUUGGGCAGAACUACUGCAUCACCUGUCCAGGGAACACCACCACUGACUUUGAUGGCGCCACCAACGUCUCCCACUGCAAAAAUCAGCUGUGUGGAGGUGAGCUGGGAGAAUACACAGGCUAUAUCGAGUCUCCCAACUACCCCGGGGAUUACCCGUCCAAUGUGGACUGUGUCUGGACCAUUAACCCACCACACAAGAGGCGGAUUCUCAUCGUAGUGCCAGAGAUCUUCCUCCCCAUUGAGGAUGAGUGUGGUGACGUGCUGGUCAUGAGGAAGAGUGCCCUUCCCACCUCCAUCACCACCUAUGAGACGUGUCAGACCUAUGAGCGACCCAUCGCCUUCACCUCUCGCUCUCGCAAGCUCUGGAUUCAGUUCAAGUCCAACGAGGGCAACAGUGGCAAAGGCUUCCAAGUUCCAUAUGUCACCUACGAUGAGGACUACCAGCAGCUGAUAGAGGACAUAGUGCGAGAUGGCAGGCUCUACGCCUCCGAGAACCACCAGGAAAUACUGAAGGACAAGAAGCUGAUAAAGGCCCUGUUUGACGUGCUGGCCCAUCCCCAGAACUACUUCAGGUACACAGCACAGGAGUCCAAAGAGAUGUUCCCUCGCUCCUUCAUCAAGCUGCUGCGCUCCAAAGUCACCAGGUUCCUACGGCCGUACAAAUAGACGGGGCCUCUCCAGUGUCCUGUUAAAGAUCCUCGUCAUCCUACGCCAUUUUUUAAUUCCAGCAACCUAAAUGUAAACCCCCCCCCCAUACAUUGAUGUACCUGUUCUAUGACUAAACAUCUUAAUUUCCUGUAUUUGUCACAUGAUACCUUUCCUCAUCUUUGACCCCUUUAACUAGUAAUCCAUCAUUAAUCCUUCCCUCCAUUGAGUGCAGCUUUUUCUAUAAGGUUUGACCAAUAUGGGUUUUUGAAGGCCAGUAUAGUGUAUAUUGUUUCUUUAAAUUUAACCAUUUUAUACCAAACGUGUCAUUUCAUUGCAUGUUUUACAGACUUCUUCUGUAGCUGUAGUCAGGGGUGGAAUCUACUUCAAAUCAGUAGUGGCCCUCAGUGACUGAUAACAGAUACAAGAUGGUAUACUGUUAGAACAUUCAUAAUUUGGCCUUAAUGGCUGCUUCCGGUGUUUCAUCAUUCAUUUAAGCUUUACCCAGCAGUAAUAUGCUGUUAUUCUGCAUAAAUAAAUAGAGGCGUGAACCCAUGUUGAGUAUCCCUUUGGUAUGUGUAAAUCCUCUGCCUUUUAGCCUAAAAGCUAAAACUGAAGCUACGCUGGCAGUCACCAGCCAGCUGCAUUUCUUUUUGUAUUGUUUUUGAGGCUUUGUAUGCCUUUAGAUAGCACCAGUAGCGAGAUGACAGGAAAUUGGGGAAAGAGAGAUGCGAUAAGAUCCCCAGCCAGACAUUACAGUUGAUGGUUGCCUUCUUAACCCCUAAGCCACAGGGCCCCCCAACAGCCAACAGCUUCACUGUGGGCAAGCCAUUGAUUAUACAUUUCUAAAGUCAGUUAAGUACAUGGUAUUUUAAAGCAGCCCCCCUAUUUAGUAAAAGGCCAGUAUCAGCAAACCAAUAUAUAUCGGUCAAACCCUAUUUCUGCACACAUACUUCUUACUCAUACUUACUCUCCCAACCAUUCCCAGAUCUCUGCACCUUCAUUAACACCUUUUGUUCUGCGAUCUUCCUUCCUUUCCCUCCCUCCACCUCUCUCAUUUUAUUUUGCUCUGCUUUGUUUUUCCAUGUCGUGGUUUUUGUUUUUGUAAUAUUUAUACUGAACAAGUCAGAACUUGCAGAAGCCCACAUCACAGAUGUUUUAGAUGCGACAUACAUACAGAUGUGUAUGACAUUUAUGUUUGUGUGGACAUACACAGCAUGAUGUGUUAAGACGCAUUGGCCCACACAGUGUACAUGGAUGUAUACUGAAUUCUUCAUUGGCCCCCGAAGUGCACGAGACAGAGAUGAGGAAAACAAUUGGUGCACUUAAAGACACAUUUUAACAUGGAAAAUGAUUGGAAAGAAAUGUUAAAGUGGGGAAAUUGAAACCAUUCCACUUCAGUGGGUGCUUUAUCCAUUGGAACACAGGGAAAGAUUAAAUGGGGUGAAUCAGAAAGUCUAUAUUGUAAUUUUUUUUAAAUAAUAAAAAAAGAUAUAUAACAAGAUGAGAUAAACUACCUGCAAGUAACAGAUUGUUACUUUAGAGAGAAAUGUAUGUGAUGUAACUAAUAUUUGGAACUUUAAUUGCACUUGAAUUUUAUAUUUUAAACUGUAGGAAAAAAAGAUCUAAGUUACGUAUUUGUUACCUUUUUUUUGUGUUGUUUUGAAAUGUGCCACAUGUGGCGGUGAUGAGAGAGAAAGACAGCUGUGUCUCCUGUUAUUGCUCCCACUCUGUAGCUCGCAGUUGCCCCAAAAAUCUCUCAGUUACAGUAGUUUCAAGCCCCAUUCACAAACACACACCACGAGGAAACAUUUAGGUCGAAGCUUCAGCAUCUCAAAAGACUGUUAAACUAAUGCGCACAGAGGAAAGACAGUGUAAGCAACCUGCCACCACCACUACAGUCUGUGUUUUCACUGCCCAGUCCUGCUUCAUCCGUCCUAUAGCUGCCAGAGAGAAGAAGCAUCACCAUAAAGGCUUCUUGUAUGAUGGCAUUAUACAUACAUACUGCUACAGUAUAUGCCUGUUUCUGAAACACUGCUUAUCUGCAUUCACCCAGAUGCAACCUCUUUCCAUUAAAUAGUAUAGUGUGUAUACUAUGCUUUUCUUUUAUAACCCAACUAAAUGUUUCUGUGUCAUUCCCAUUGGUAAUAAUAUGUCUAUGAAAUCCUAUAUAUUGAAGAUGGCCUAUAUCUGCACAAUGCGAGUGGAGUUGAAAGAUGUCUGUUGCGACUGGAGUGUUGGUCUGGAGGUGAAUGUAGUGGCAGGGACACAGUCGGAAUAAUGUCUGUGUGUCCGUAGCACUUGCAGCUUCAACUGUAAGAAAGUGAACUUUAUCUGUGUGUUGUUGAUAAAGAGGCAAGCUUUCCCUGACAGAUUAGCAUAAUGCAUAUGUGAUACUCCUUGGCGUUGAAGCUAAACUACUGUUAACAGUGGCAUUUAUGUGAAGAGAAAGCUUCUACUCUUUGUGCCGAGCACAACGAAGAUAAGGGAGUGUCAGCUUAUCAAAGCCCAGUGAUUAUAGAUUUAAAAGACCAGGCUGGAGCUCUUGCAUGUUUUAGCUCAUUUACUACAAAUCGUGUAUACUGCUUAGUAUUUUCCCGAAUUAGAUUUUAAGUUUACUUUUUCCCAGGCAGCAACUGGUUUCAGUUCAUUUCAGAACACUCUGAAAAUCAGUGUGCACAGACUCGCACAACUACUUUGGGAAAAUCACAUGAGAAGAUUGAUACCACUCAUGUUUGUGCAGUACAUAUGUAGCUGUAGCCAGCAGCCUGUUAGCUUAGUUUAGCAUAAAUUAGCGAAAAUGUGAAUCAGCUAGCCUUGAUCUGCCAACCAGCACCUCUAAAACUCAUUGAUUAACCUGUCAUCUAAAUUGCAAAACAAAAAAUAUUCACUUUCCACUGGAUGUCGCACUAGAGCAGCAGCAUCUUAGACCAAAACAAUAAAACAAUAACCAAUGCUGCUUUGGUCGAAAUAAAUCCUUAAUUCAGAGUUAGAUAUGGUUGCUAAUGUUGGGGUCAAAUGCAGCAAUCAAAGUAUGUUGUUGUUGUGUGUCUGACAGCAUUAUGGAGAGGAUCUCUACAGAGAUAGACCUUUUGUUUAAUCAGAAACAGCUGGAAUAUCACUAUCACUCUCCACCAGCCUCCAUAAACAAAAACGGUAAUUUUACCUUGCAUACCAUCGUAACAUCAUAACUUCAUUCAAAGUGUUCCAACAAUCACCAACUGGUUUGGUCCAAAUAAAUCCUUAACAGCAGUUUCAGUCUCUGCACACAGAGCAGUAAACAAACCAAACUUUUGUAAACAAACCACAGAGAGGCUGCGAUAGCAACACAGGCAGAGUGUGACAUUCUCUGCUCAGGACAGCAUGACUCCACUAUAUCUUUACAUAGCUAAUAGUUGUUUGCUGCUAUAUUAAUGUUUUAAACCUCAUAUAUAUAACCUUCAAUUAGUUAACUUUAGAGGUGCUGUUAGGUGGAUUUUGUUCCAUAUUCCAGAACAGACGACCAAUACAAGUUAUUAAAAUGC